AUGAUGGAUCAUCUUGAGAACGGCACAUGCAAAUCGGGUUGUACCUCUCGACUUGUCGACAGCGUUGUAGCAACGCACUGCGAGGGUCUUCACCAAUCGUCAAGUCGCAGCAUAAAUCUCCGAUGCCCAACUUGCAAGAAGAAGUACGCACGGAUGGGUCCCCUCUUUAGACAUUUCGAGAACAGAGCCUGUGCUUUACGAGACUGGAUCGAAGAAACAGGCUUGAAAGACCUCCUCAUCGCUCUCAAGGAACCAAUUGAGAAGAGAAAAACCUCAACCUUCAAAUGCAACGUCUGCCGCAAGAAUUUCGCGAAACAUUCAGCGCUGCUGCAGCACCAGAGAGAUAAGCAUCAGCACACUUACUGUUGUGUCUGUAAGACAAACUUUGGCAAUGCAGCGGCGAAACAGAAGCAUGUCAUAUCAGGCACUCCUGUCAAGCCUGGGACGUAUCUCUGCGAUCACUGUGAUCCCAAAGUUCCUUUUGGAACGGAAAAGGAGUUAUGCGACCAUUUAUGGCUGGAGCAUAUGGCGUGUGGUCCUUGCGGGCGAACUUUUAAGAGCGUUGAGCAUAGAAAACAGCACGAUGCAGAGCUUCACUAUAGGUGUGCUCUCUGUUACAGAUUUUUCAUGUCCAGUGUGGAACUUUACGAGCACCGCGAGACUCAUGUUGUUAGGCCCCCGGUUGUCGACCCACCGGUGGAAGUUCCAGCACCGGUGAAGAGAGAACCGACUCCUCCAACUACCAUCCCGGCACCUAUACCAGUGAAGAUGGAAAUACGCCAAGCAGUACCUAUCAGCAGGGUCGCUCCUGUAGUGACAGAAAGGGUUCCUGUGAAAACAGAGGUUAUCCCAGUAACUCGAGUUACACCGACUACAAGGCCGGUGAUAUUUAAGACAUAUCCGCCCAGAGCAACACCUGCACAGGUGCCUGAGAAUAAGAAGAUUCAGUCUCUGAUCACAGGCUUUUUGAUUCGUAAGUCAUAG